CGUUUUCAACCCCCAUCCCGGCCUUUGCCGAGAAAGCUCAGGUCAACCAUGGCGAGCGUCGGGUUGUGAAGAAGGGGGGGGGGGGGCUGUGAAGAAGGAAGGAAGGGGGGAGCGAAAGAGGGAGGGCGGCUUCUCCCUCAGCAUGGCGGGGCGUCGGGGCGCGGGAGGCGGCGGCGGAGGAGGGGCAGGCUUGGGGGAAGCGCUGCAGUCGUCGUCCUGCUGCGGCGGAGGAGCCGCCACGGAGCCCGCCCGCGAGCUCUUCGAAGCUUGCCGGAACGGCGACGUGGAGCGCGUGAAGCGCCUGGUGCGGCCGGAGAACGUGAACGGCAGAGACACGGCCGGCAGGAAAUCCAGCCCCCUCCAUUUCGCCGCAGGUUUCGGUCGAAGGGAUGUAGUUGAAUAUUUGCUUCAAAGUGGUGCUAAUGUUCAUGCACGAGAUGAUGGAGGCCUCAUCCCCCUUCAUAAUGCCUGCUCUUUUGGUCAUGCUGAAGUUGUCAAUCUUCUCCUGCGUCAUGGUGCAGAUCCUAAUGCCCGGGAUAAUUGGAACUACACACCUCUUCAUGAAGCAGCCAUUAAGGGCAAAAUUGAUGUCUGUAUAGUGCUGUUGCAGCAUGGUGCUGAUCCAGUUAUUCGUAAUACAGAUGGAAGAACAGCACUGGACUUAGCAGACCCAUCAGCAAAAGCAGUGCUUACUGGUGAAUACAAGAAAGAUGAACUCUUAGAAAGUGCCAGGAGUGGCAACGAAGAAAAAUUGAUGGCCCUUCUCACACCACUAAAUGUCAACUGUCAUGCAAGUGAUGGCAGGAAGUCAACUCCUUUACAUUUGGCAGCUGGUUAUAAUCGUGUUAAGAUUGUACAGCUGUUGUUACAACAUGGAGCUGAUGUACAUGCUAAGGAUAAGGGAGACCUGGUACCACUUCAUAAUGCUUGUUCCUAUGGUCAUUAUGAAGUAACAGAACUUCUAGUGAAGCAUGGAGCAUGUGUAAAUGCGAUGGAUCUGUGGCAGUUUACUCCUCUGCAUGAAGCAGCUUCUAAGAACAGAGUAGAAGUGUGUUCUCUGUUGCUCAGCUAUGGUGCUGAUCCCACGUUGUUAAACUGCCAUAAUAAAAGUACCAUAGACUUGGCCCCAACUCCACAGUUAAAAGAAAGACUGGCAUAUGAAUUCAAGGGACACUCACUACUUCAGGCUGCAAGGGAAUCUGAUGUAGCUCGUGUGAAGAAACACCUGUCUCUUGAGAUUGUAAACUUCAAGCAUCCCCAGACUCAUGAAACUGCUUUGCACUGUGCUGCUGCAUCUCCAUAUCCCAAAAGAAAGCAAGUAUGUGAGCUGCUUCUACGAAAAGGAGCCAACAUCAGCGAGAAGACAAAAGACUUCCUGACACCUCUUCAUGUGGCAUCAGAAAAAGCUCAUAAUGAUGUUGUUGAAAUACUUGUGAAACAUGAAGCAAAGGUCAAUGCAUUGGAUAAUCUUGGCCAGACAUCUCUGCAUAGAGCAGCACACUGUGGGCAUCAGCAAACCUGCAGGCUGUUGUUGAGCUCUGGUUGUGAUCCAUCAAUUGUGUCGCUGCAGGGAUUUACAGCUUCUCAAAUGGGAAAUGAGAGCAUUCAACAAUUAUUACAAGAAGGCAUCCCUUUAGGCAAUUCAGAAGUAGAUCGACAGUUGUUGGAAGCUGCAAAGGCAGGAGAUGUGGACAUAGUAAAAAAGUUAUGUACAAUACAGAGUGUGAAUUGCCGGGACAUUGAAGGGCGUCAAUCCACACCACUUCACUUUGCAGCAGGAUAUAAUAGAGUGUCUGUGGUUGAAUAUCUUCUGCAGCACGGCGCUGAUGUUCAUGCAAAAGACAAAGGAGGCCUUGUCCCUUUGCAUAAUGCCUGUUCUUAUGGGCACUAUGAAGUGGCUGAACUACUUGUUAAACAUGGUGCAGUUGUGAACGUAGCAGAUCUGUGGAAGUUCACUCCUUUGCACGAAGCUGCUGCAAAGGGGAAAUAUGAAAUUUGUAAACUUCUGCUACAGCAUGGAGCUGACCCCACAAAAAAAAACAGAGAUGGGAAUACUGCUUUGGACCUUGUCAAAGAUGGUGACACAGAUAUUCAGGAUCUCCUUCGAGGAGAUGCAGCUUUGCUAGAUGCGGCAAAGAAAGGUUGUUUGGCUCGGGUGAAGAAAUUGUGUUCUCCUGAUAAUGUAAAUUGUCGAGAUACACAAGGGCGACAUUCAACUCCUUUGCACUUAGCAGCUGGCUACAAUAAUUUGGAGGUUGCAGAAUACCUGUUACAACAUGGAGCUGAUGUUAAUGCACAGGACAAAGGAGGUCUAAUUCCACUACACAAUGCAGCAUCCUAUGGGCAUGUAGACGUAGCAGCUUUACUUAUAAAGUAUAAUGCGUGUGUAAAUGCUACGGACAAAUGGGCUUUCACACCUUUGCAUGAAGCAGCCCAGAAAGGAAGGACACAGCUUUGUGCCUUGUUAUUGGCACAUGGAGCUGAUCCUACUCUGAAAAACCAGGAAGGACAAACACCAUUAGACCUAGUUACCGCAGAUGAUGUUAGUGCAUUAUUGACAGCCGCCAUGCCUCCUUCUGCCUUGCCAUCUUGUUACAAACCUCAGCUUAUAAGUGUAUCUCAGAACACCGGAUCUUCAGCUGAUUCACUUUCCUCCGUUCCAUCCAGCCCUUCUAAUCUGUCAGCUGCUAGCAGCCUUGACAAUUUGUCUGGUAGCUUUUCUGAACUCUCGGUUGUUAGUACAAGUGGUGCUGAGGGAGCUACUGGCUUAGAGACAAAAGAAGUUUCAGGUGUAGAUUUCAGCAUAAAUCAAUUUGUGAGAAAUCUUGGACUUGAUCAUUUGAUUGAUAUAUUUGAAAGAGAGCAAAUAACAUUGGAUGUUCUAGUUGAAAUGGGGCACAAAGAAUUAAAGGAAAUUGGAAUUAAUGCUUAUGGGCAUAGACACAAAAUAAUUAAAGGAGUUGAAAGAUUAAUCUCAGGACAGCAAGGUCUUAAUCCCUACCUGACUUUAAAUACUUCUGGUAGUGGAACUAUCCUCAUAGACCUUUCUCCGGAUGAUAAAGAAUUUCAAUCAGUGGAAGAAGAGAUGCAGAGCACUGUUCGAGAACACAGAGAUGGCGGGCAUGCUGGUGGGGUUUUCAACAGAUAUAAUAUCUUAAAGAUACAAAAAGUGUGCAACAAAAAACUCUGGGAAAGAUAUACUCAUAGGAGGAAAGAAGUUUCUGAAGAGAAUCAUAAUCAUGCUAAUGAAAGGAUGUUAUUUCACGGCUCACCUUUCGUGAAUGCAAUUAUACACAAAGGUUUUGAUGAAAGACAUGCCUACAUAGGUGGAAUGUUUGGAGCUGGAAUUUAUUUUGCAGAGAAUUCUUCCAAAAGCAAUCAAUAUGUGUAUGGUAUUGGUGGUGGCACUGGUUGCCCAAUUCACAAGGACAGGUCUUGUUAUGUCUGUCAUAGGCAGUUGCUGUUUUGCCGUGUAACAUUGGGCAAGUCUUUUCUACAGUUCAGUGCAAUGAAAAUGGCUCAUUCUCCUCCAGGACACCAUUCAGUUACUGGUCGGCCUAGUGUAAAUGGACUAGCUUUAGCAGAAUAUGUCAUUUACAGAGGAGAGCAGGCCUAUCCUGAAUAUUUGAUUACAUACCAGAUUGUGAAGCCUGAAGCCACCACAGAAGCUUGAAACCUCAAAUGUUUGGCAAAGAGAUCAAAGUGAAGAAGAGUGUACUAAAUUGCUGAAAAAUUAUAUUCCAUCCCACGGACAUUGUGGUAUAAAAUGUGAAUAAAAUCUAACAUUUUGACUUGGUAAAGCUUUAAUAAAUGUAUAGUAAGUUUUCUACAAUUUCAAAAAAGUUGUUUUUCAGCACUUUAACAGAUCUCAUCCCAGGUGAUACUGGUUUUGUCUGUACUAAAUUAUAUAACAACUAUUAACUUGAAUUAUGUUUUCUAUAUGCUAUUACAGUGAAAUCUAACAAAACUGUAUUGCUAUACAGGAACUCAUUUUACUAAUACUGUGUUCUUUGAAACUCUACAUUUACACAGAGUCAUUUGUAAAACUGUAAAUAAGAGCUUUUCUACUAGCUUGGUAUUUAUUUACAUUGUUUUGUAAUAUGUGUGUGUUAGAAUUGCAGCAUAUGCAAAUCUUCUUUCAGUCAUUGCGUUAAUCAUUUCCAUUUCACCACAUACAGUAGGUUGAAGGACCGUGUAAGAUUCCAGGUCUUGUCAGUCAGGAAGAAGAAGCGCCCAACAUUCAGAGAGAAUAAAGAUGUUCCAAUAGAUGUUCAUAAAAUAGAGCACAUUCCAAAGUACUCGGAUAGAACAUUCCAGUUCCUGAACAAAUCCACCAGGGGUUAAAAAUUUUGGUUGUCAGAAGUGAGCAUAGUAGCUAUCCAUAGUGUAGCUAAAUUUUAGGAGUAUAUUUCAUUUGAAGGCAGUAUACUUUGUAGUAUACUUUCCCCCCUCUUUUCUCAGUGCAAGGCCAUUAGAACUGCACUUUUGCAUUAAUUUGCUGUACCUAGUUCGCCAGCUUUCUGUGAGCACUAUUCAGUUUACUGUAAAUGUUGGCUGUGCAUUCCACAUCAUAAUCACUGAAGGCACAGAGCAGUACAGAAAGUUACGACAUUGACAGUGCAAUCCUGUGCAAAAUUAUUCCAGUCUAAAACCCACUGAAUUUUAGACUACAGUCAUUUUUGAUAGGGUUGUAUUGUGAGGCACUGACACCUUCUUCACCUUCUCUAAGACAACCUGCAUUCUUUAUUCAUUCCAAUCCACCUAGAACUACCUAAUCAUUUCAAGGACUUUAUGUAAAUAUAAUCAGUUCAUACAUGAUUUCAUUCUAAUUUUAAAUUAUAUUUUAAUUGGCUUCUUCAGUAUAUAGGACUAUGACCCACACUAUAAUUUAAUUGUGAAUCAUCAUCACAUUAUAGUUUAAAAGAGAGACUGCCAAGACUUCUUGAACAGUCUUGUUCAUAGUGUGAUGUCUUAAGUAACUGUAGUGCACAUGAAGUCAGUGCAUGACUUGUUCCAAAAUCAUGUGGAAAACAUUAAUUAACCCACCACAUGAUGCAGUUGCUGCCGCAGGCAAUACAGACUGAAUAUACAAGGGGUCUUAAUUUGUAUGGUACUUUUUCGCAGCAUGUUUUCCACUCCCUAGCUUUACCAAAUGGCUGGAGCUGAUGUUCAUGCAAAAUCUACUAUGAUUUAAGCGUUGAGAUAGUUUCAUUGCUGAAGUAUUUCAUUCUUUGUGAAUGAUUAUUUAAUAUGAUGUAAAUUACUGUGGUAUGGUAGCAUUUUAAAUGGUACCACAAGGUUGAUUAGAAUGUUUUAUUUUUAAUUUUGCAUGGCACAUCAUCUUUUUUGAAGGUAGAAAAUGUAAUGGUUUUGAGAUUAUGUUGGUUUGAAGUGAAAUCCUGUCCUCCUGUGCAAUUAGCAUUCUGCUCAUCUUGAAGCGUCUUCUGUGUAUUGUACCACAUUCGUUACCAUUCAGCCCGAAAUAAAGUUCAUUCACAC